AUGAGUACAGCUGCAGAAAGAAAAUUUAUUAACGUCAGAAAAAGACUGGAUCAGAUGGGAUAUCGACAGCCUUUGAGUAUUGACUGUUUACCUUUGGUGGAAAAACUUUUCAGUGACCUUGUACAUACAACAGAAAGUCUUCGGAAAACAAAACUAUUUGUUGGAAAAGCUGAAAAGGAGAGCACCAAUUUUGAUUAUGUUUUGGAACCUUAUAAAAAGGAAAAUGCUAGACUGACCAGGGAAAAUAAUGAGCUACACCUGGAUUUAUUGAGGACAAAAGAACAAUCAGAAAUAAGUAUAAAAGAUUUGAAAGUCAAAUUGAGGAAAAUUGAGAGUGAGAUGACUGACUUGAAGUUUCUCAAUAACCAGUAUGUUCAUAAAUUCAAAAUGUUGGAGAAAGAGAGCAAAGCCAAGAAUGAAAAAAUCCAGCAACUCCAAGAAAAGAACCUCCAUGCGGUGGUACAGACCCCAGGUGGCAAGAAGAGAAGUAUUCCUUUUAGGCGUCAGCGUAUGCAGAUUGAUCAGCCUGUACCUCCAUCUGGAAUCAGUGCCUAUCCAGUUCCUCAGCCAAAUGAUCCCUAUAUCGCAGAUCUCCUGCAAGUGGCAGAUAACAGAAUCUUUGAGCUUCAAGAAGAAGUAUGUCACUUACAGGGCAAGUUAACAGUUGUUGAAAAUGCACUGGAAAAUUCUUGCAAACAGAUUGAGUUAAGAGAUCGAGAAAUAGAACGGCUAUCAGUUGCACUUGAUGGUGGUCGCUCCCAUGAUGUUCUCUCUCUGGAGUCCAGAAAUCAAAGUAAUGAGAAGCUUAUUACUCACUUGAAUAUUCAGAUUGAUUUCCUUCAGCAAACAAAUAGAGACCUGGAGAAUCGUAUACAAGAACUCUUGGACAGCAAGAAAACUGUAACCAGUGAGGUUCUUACUUUAAGUAACAAAAAUGAAACACUCUCUCGUAGAUUGAAUGAAAUAGAUCAUAUAGCACACCAGAUGGAAAGGCAUAGAGAAGAAAUUCUUGAGAGUACAGAUAAACAACUUGUGGAAGCUAAGCUAGAAAUUAAAAGACUUCAAUGUGAAAUGCAGACGCUUGAAGAAACAAUAGCAAAACUGAAUGUGGAAUUAAGCUUAUGCCAUAAAGAAAGAGCACGAUUGACUGAUGAAAUAGUUUUAAAAACAGAUCUUGAAACAAUUAUCAAUCAGAUUGAACAUGAAAAAAAUAGACUUGCCCGAAAAGUUGAAAACUUUGCAAGUAUAGAAAGAGAGCUUGUCCUGGAAUUAGAGAGAAUGAAGAAAGAACAUGGCGUCACACAUAGGAAAAAGUCAGCUUCUCGUCUAGAUGUAUUUGUCAAGAGUGUAGAAGAAGAACGGGAUCAUUAUAAGAAAGAGCUAGAAAGACUCCAAAAGAUAAUAAAACGCCAUACUAUACCUGCACGAAGUUCAAGACAUGAAAGAAGUUUAAGUAUUAAAAGUCCAGAAAAGGGUACUUACAUUUCAGAACUCAGCAUGAUUACAAAAGAGAGAGAUGAACUUCAGUCUAUGCUGGACAGAUUUGAAAACCACAUGGGGGAAAUACAAUGCAACGUGAAACUAUUAACUGCAGAAAGAGACAAACUGAGUGACCUGUAUAAUCAAGCACAGCAUGAUCUAUGUACGCUAAGAAAGGAAGCAACACAUUCUUUGCCAUCCCAAGAUAUUCUUUGUCUUAUGGAAAAAGAAAAAGAGACUGCAUUGUCUGACUUGAGACUAAUGAUUGUAGAAAAGGAAGCUUUAAGAGAGAAGUUAAAGAAUCUACAGGAAUUGGCUAUUAUGGGAAAAUCAGAAAUGGAAAAAAAUAUGGAAGAUCUAGAAAAUAUUAAUUAUGAGCUUGAAACUGAAAGAUGUGAUUUGAAGUCUAAAGUAUCAAUGAUGAAAGAGACAAUAGAGUCACUGGAGAAUAAAUUGAAACUUCAAUAUCAUAAACUUAUACAUGUUGCCGAUGACUCAUCACAACAGAAAACAGCAUUGAACUCACUGAGGAUUAUAAACGAACACCUGCAGAGAGCUGUUGAUGAUUGUCAGCACCGAUUUUCAGUUAAAAGUGAAGAACUUCAAGCAGCCCAAAUGCAGAUUGCAUCCUUGGAGGAAAAAAUAAAUAGGCUAACCUGUAAGAUAACUUCACAAGAUGAGGAGCUAGUUUCACUUAAAAAUACCAUUUGUGCUAUUGAUAAGGAGAAAGACUACCUUCAGGAAGUAGUAGAUGAAAAGACGGAAAAAAUUGCUAACUCAGAAGAUAACAUUGCAAAUAAGGAAAAAGCUAUUUCCCAUUUGCAAGUAACACUAUCAGAAGUGGAGUCAACAAUAGGACGACUGCAGGACUUACUAAAUAAUCGAGAACGUGAGCUAGUCAGUCUCCAGCGCCAGCUUGAUGAAACCCGAAAAGAACUUGCCGAAGUAGGAAGAGCAAAGGAAAUAGCUCUUAAGGAAAAUAGAAGAUUACAAGAUGAUUUGGCAACAAUGACAAGAGAAAACCAGGCUAUUUCAUUGGAAUUGGAACAAGCAGUUCAUGAAAAAGAAGAAAUGAAGAACAGAGUUCAUAAUUAUAUAACAGAAGUUUCCAGAUGUGAAAGCCUCAUGGCAGCUAAGGAGCAAGAAAAUCAAGAUUUAUUAGAUAAAUUCCAAAUGCUGCAUAGUCGAGCUGAAGACUUACAGAUAAAGGCCCAUCAUGCUGAAGGAGAAAGUAGCUCAAUACGGCUUGAGCUUCUCUCAGUUGAUACAGAUAGGAGACAUCUUCGAGAGAGAGUAGACCUUUUAGAAAAAGAAAUUCAAGAGCACAUAAAUGCUCACCAUGCUUAUGAAACUCAAAUAUCCUCAAUGUCAAAAGCCUUGUCUAGAUUGGAGGAAAAGCUCAGAUGUGAACAUGAUGAAAAAGCAUCAAUUUUAAAUGACCUGUCAUCUCUGAGAGAACUUUGCAUUAAACUUGACUCAGGCAAAGAAUUCAUUGCCCGGCAAUUGGCGUCCAAAAACAUGGAGUAUGAGAGGGCCUUGGAAGAAGUAGAAACUGCAAAAACAGAAGCAGAGCUGUUAAAAAAACAAUUGUCAAGUGAAAGAAUUACAGUUGACAACCUUGAAACAUUAUUGGCUACCAAUAGAGACAAAGAAUUUCACUCUCAUAUAACUUCACAUGAGAAAGAUUCAGAAAUUCUUCGACUUAAAGACAUGUUAACUCUUUCUGAGAGCAAGCUAGCCAGUCACAUACGAGAGACUAAUGUACUUCGAACUAAAAUUACACAGUUGCAGUCAGACAAUGAGCUUUUAAAAAGGCAACUUACAACUGAGCAAUUUGAACGGGAACGGGCAAUCCAGGAAAUGCGUCGACAUGGUCUUGCUACUACUUUGUGGACCUCUUCUCCAUGUAGAUCUCCUUCACGUAGAUCUCCUUCAUGUAGGUCUCCACAUAGGUCUCCUUCACGUAGGUCUCCUUCACAUUCACCAGAUCACUCACACCUGAAAUAG